UCAAUUUCCAUAUUGUAAUGAAGAGAACGUAGUUGCCUAGGACAAUGAGAUUGAAGUAGGGGUGGACAAUGAAUGCAUAUCAGAGGCCAGUGAGAUCGUCGUGCCUAUGGUUGGGAUGAAGUUUAGAGACAACAACAAGAUUUUUGAAUUGUGCAAAACAUAUGCUUAUAGUGUGGGUUUCCUUGUUAGGAAAAGAUCUUCAAGAAAAAAUGAUGAAGGGUUGUUGAAGUAUGUGACAUUUGUUUGUAGUCGAGAAGGUUAGAAAACUGGGGAUACAAACAGUUCUUUGAGGCCUCAACCAACCAUUCGAACAAGGUGUUUUGCUAGGCUGACAGCAACGACAGAUUUGAACAGAGCAUGGCAUGUUACCAAAGUCAUCUUGGAGCAUAAUCACCCUACAAGUCCUUCAAAAUCCAGGUUUUAUUGAUGUAAUCGACAAUUGACUAAAAAGGUGAAACGAAAACUUGAAGUCAAUGACAUAACUGAUAUUCCAAUGCACAAGAGUUACAACUCAACUGUUGUUGAAACGUGUGGAUAUGAGAAUCUGCCAUUUAUAGAAAAGUAUUGUCGAAAUUAUAUUUGAUUAGAUUAGGCGAUUAAGACUUGGGGAUGGUGAUGCAACUGCGAUACAAGCCUACUUUACAAAAAUGUAAGCCCAAUGUCCUAGUUUUUUCUUUAGUUUGGAUUUGGAUGAUGAUUGUCGACUGAAGAACGUGUUCUGGGCCGAUAAUAGGUGUAGACAAACAUACAAGAAAUUUGGCGAUGUUGUAACAUUUGAUACGACGUACUUGACUAAUAAGUACGACAUGUCAUUUGCCCAUUUUGUUGGUGUCAAUCAUCAUGGACAGUCGACGUUGUUUGGAUGUGGGUUAGUAUCCAAUGAGGAUACUAUAAUUUUUGUUCGGUUGUUUUGGAUUUGGCUUGAGUGCAUGGAGGGUCAAGCCCGUGCUGGUAUAAUAAUUGAUCAAGAUAGGGUCAUGCAAAAUGCCAUUCAAAUUGUUUUUCCGAACACAAGGCAAAGAUGGUGUUUAUGGCACAUAUUGAAGAAGUUGCUUGAAAAAUUUGGGGGCCACGCUCACAAGGCUGCAAUACUUUCCGCCAUGCAUGAAGUUGUUUACAAAUUAGAAACCCUUGAAGAAUUUGAACGGGGUUGGAUUUCAUUCAUUAGCAUGUAUACAUUAUAUGAUAAUGAGUGGUUGUUUGGGCUAUUCAAUGAAAGAUGCCUUUGGGUACCUUGUUAUUUGAAAACAAGUUUUUGGGCUGGGAUGUCAACGAUGCAACGAAGUGAGAGUAUGAAUGCAUUUUUCAAUGGAUACGUCACCUCAAAGACUUUGUUGAAGCAAUUUGUUGAACAAUAUGAGCAAGCUUUGAGGUGUAAGAUUGAAAAUGAGGUCCAAGCAGAUUUUAAGUCCUAUUCACAGAUGGUACCAUGCGCAACUCAAUAUAGUAUAGAGAAACAAUUCCAGGAGAUUUACACAAUCUCAAAAUUCAAAGAAUUUCAAGAAGAGCUCACUGGAAAAAUGUAUUGUGAUAUUAUCUCAGCCGAAGUUGGGUGUCAUGGAACUACCUAUGAAGUCGAAGAAGACAUCAUACUCCACAAAACAAGAAUGAAUAGAAAGAGAUUUACAGUUAUGUUUGAGGGAGAGAAGUGUCACAUUGAUUGCAACUGUCACUUGUUUGAAUUUCAAGGGAUAGUCUAUAGUAAUGCUCUUUUGGUAUUGAUUCGAAAUGGUGUGACAUUGCUUCCUGAUCAUUAUAUCUUCAGGAGAUGGAAGAGAGAUGUUCCUAGAGCAUAUAGAAGGGUGAAGAUAAAUUACAAUGGUUGGGUUACCACUCCUAAGCAGGCACGAUAUGAUCAAUUGCAUGGUUUAUUUGACGAGGUGGCAAAUUUGGUGAUAGAUGAUGAUGAACGCACUCGUAAUUUAAUGGAGUUGCUUCAAAAUGAGCUGAAAGACUUAACCAUUUCAUGACUGAUAACAAGAUGUGGUAGUAAUCCCCUAUCCCAAGGCAGUGUUCAAAUCACCUUCGAUUGUCCCGAAGGUGCAAGGACAUCAUUUGGUCCCAUUUUAGAUCUGCAUUGCAUGAUAACCAAGGGAGCUCCAAGAAAACUUCGUAAGAAGGGGAUAUUGGAAACGAGGUCCAAGAAAAGCAAGGUACCUUUGAAUAAAAGUAAAGGAAAGAUGACAAUUCAAAAGGAAACACAACCAACUGAAUGCCUAACACAAGCAUCAGUCAAAAAUGCGCAAACCCCACUUACUUACUCACAACAGUUGAUGGUGCAUGAAUUAUGGAAUGGGUCAACCAUUUAUACCUACCCAUGUGCCACCCCGACGUCUCGAGGAAGAUGAGAGGUGAUAGGAUCACAAUCUGGAGAUAGCAAUAACUUAUGAUUUCAUGACAAAUUUGUGUCAAAUGUAAUUUUCAUAAUAGUAAGCUUGUUGAUGCAUGACAAAUUUGUGUCAAAUGUAAAUCUCCAAAUGAUGCAUACGACUGCUUAG